UGAGUUUGCGAUAGAAGCGCGGGAUUUGCACCUCAGGAGGCCGAGUCUGGGCAAGCGGUCCGCAGCGGCUUUUCGCCGGAGCUCCAGCCCGGAGUCCGCCGCAGGUGGAGGGUCUGCCAGCGGUUCUCCGCCAGCGUGUGGGCCGGAAGGGGAGGGAAGACGAAUUCUCGCUCCGCGUAGCCGCUUAAGUGACUGCUGUGAGGUUCCUGGUUCAGAAACCAUGACCGAGGAGCUGGAUCUCCAUGAACAGGACUCUGAUGGGGGUAGUGAGGAGGUGGUCCUAACUCCUGCAGAGCUCAUUGAAAGGCUGGAGCAGGCAUGGAUGAAUGAGAAGUUCGCACCUGAGCUACUGGAAAGCAAGUCUGAAAUUGUCGAGUGUGUCAUGGAGCAGCUGGAGCACAUGGAAGACAAUCUCAGAAGAGCUCAAAGGGGGGAUCUGAAGGUCAGCAUUCAUCGAAUGGAGAUGGAGAGGAUCCGCUAUGUCCUUAGCAGCUACUUGCGGUGUCGACUCAUGAAGAUAGAGAAGUUUUUCCCGCACAUCCUAGAAAAGGAGAAAAUGCGCGCUGUGGGGGAGCCUUCCGUCCUGUCUCCAGAGGAGUUUGUCUUUGUCAAAGAAUAUAUGGAUCACACAGAGACCCAUCUUAAAAAUGUUGCCUUAAAGCACAUGCCUCCCAACCUGCAGAAAGUGGACCUCUUGAGGGCAGUUCCCAAACCAGACCUAGACUCAUACGUGUUUCUGAGAGUGAAGGAGCGACAAGAAAACAUCCUAGUAGAACCCGAAGCAGAUGAGCAGAGCGCACCCUCCUCAAGAUCUAACCAGUUGGGAACAAAGAUGGAAUCUUGGAUCUCUUCUUCAGCCACAUGGAAUUUUAUUAUCUGAAUAACCAUAGUUUAGUUGACCAGUCACUUGGGAUUGUUCCCAAACUUUUGCCACAAUAACCUUUAUUACAGUAAUGCCCUGUACACUUGUUGCUCACAAAUGGUAGCUGUAGAAUGAGUACCUUCUCUAUACCUAGUAGUCCUUUGUCAGUCAUGUGCACUAUAAAUAUAUUUGUCACCAUUUCUUGAGUCACACAGUAGUUAGUUUAGUGCAGCCAGCUUUCUUUCUUUCCUUCCAUGUUGGGGGUUGGGAGGCAAGGUCUGUAGAUAUUUCAGGCUGCCAGGAACUCUUGAUCGUCCUCCCACAGUGCUAGAGUCAUAGGUUGUGACACGGCACUCAACUAGCCACGAUCUUAUCUUUUUGUCCAAUUGGUACAAAUUUGCAGAUGUAAGUACUUCAGUAUUCCCACAGCCAAUUAAGUAGUGUGGCUAAGCUUGCAGCCUAGUACCUCCAACUCAGAAAAUAAGUUACCUUUCCCUGACCCCACUGUUUGUCAAGGAAAAUAAAAGGCCUGGUAUCGAGCUCUUCAGAUGGCUAUGCCUGUCCAGCUGGCUGGUUCCCAACUGAGUUAAGUAAUAUGAUUGAUUUGGUACAUCUUUUCCAUUUCUAACUGGUUGAAAUGUUAUUCCAACUCAAGGUCUCCUUGUGGGUGAAAGGCUGUUGAAUCUUUGAAAUGUUUACAUGUAUUCAGACAUGUGUUUAAGAUGUGUUUAUGUGGUCAGCCAGUUUUAUGGGGUAUUUUAAGCUAUUCCUGUGAUCUGUGAUAAUCUUACGAAUAAGAUUUAUUUUAGACCAUUUAUAAGUAGAAAGGUUUAUUUGGGCUCACAGCUCCAGGGUUUUCAGUCUUUAUUUAACAGGUUCCAUUGCUGUGGCCUAGUGAAGCAGAGCACCAUGGUAAGACAGAGCUGCUUAGGUCCUGCUGACCAGGAAAGGGGUGCGGACUAGAGUCUCAAUGAUUAACUUCCAUCUGGAUCCUCUCUGUAAAGGUUCCACCACUUCUCAACAGCAGAACAGGCUGGCAAAUCAUUUUUCUGACUUUUAAAAAUGUUUUCAUACAACCUUGUUUUGAUCAUGUUCUUUCCUUCCCCCAACUCCUUCCAAAUCCCUCACCCCCCUCCACACCCAACUAUAUGUAUUCUUUCUCUCUCUAAAAGGACCCACAA